AAAAAGUUCUCGCAACAGCUUCAAAUUGGAAGCGACGGCGCAGUGACAAGCUUCACAAACAGCAACAGCUUCCAUUCACGCAAAGAGCAGGACGCUGGCAAUGGCCUCAAACUUUCAUAUCCAAAAGCCCUAUGUGCUCAAUGCACUACCCCGGCCCCUAGAUCCAGCUACUGGCCGAUAUGUGGUCGGCGAGGUUUAUGGAACCGCCGAGGGUUCAAGGAAACGGAAGCGGUCUGAGCUGACAGUUGGAAUUGACGGAGAAGCACUCAAUAUUUAUGAUAUAUCUUCAGCGAGACUCGUUACGUCGUACCCAAUUCCUCCCCAGUCGUCCUUUACCUGCGCGUCUUGCUCGCUCCGGCGAAGGAUACCCGGAAACAAGGAAGUUAUUCGGUAUACCUAUAUUGCCACUCGUGACCCCUCCCAGAGGGUCACCUUAUUCAAGGAUCAUGUCGACCCAUCUGGAAAGACGACAUCAUCCACCAAUUCGCUCGCCUUAGCUUCUCAGAACCCCGUGGUUCACCUGACAACUAGGUCCCCACCAGGCGCCAAGUCCAAUGACACACUCUCGCCUUCAACUGGCGAUGAGCUCUUGGUCAUUCGGCGCAAUGGAGAGAUAAUCGGCCUCGAUGCCGAGAGUUUGCAACAAAAAUGGAUCACAAACCCGGCUGUCCUGUACCAAGACUUUGCGCGUGGCUCCAAGAAGGACUUCCAUGUGGAACACUGUAUCUCUGCCUCCACUUCAGAUGUCAUCCAAGGCAUGUUCAAGGGUAGCCGAGACUCGCUGAGUGGCCUGGCAAGCGCAUCCCAUGACAAUUCAGACCCUGAGCUACUCAUUGUGGUUUCCAGCCUGCCCAUGGACGGACAGAAUGUCCUUCAUCUCCAUAUCCUCAGCCAAAUGCCGCUCUCGCAAACUCUGGCGUACUCAAGUGGAGGCCUUUUACAGCUCUACGUAGCGCCCAUGGUCUCGCCACCGAGGCAGGCGGACAAUCCGUCGGCUUACCAGUUGGACGUCCGUUCGGGAAGCUUUCUAGAGCUUAGUGAUGGAACAUUGACAGUCUACGACCUGACCGAGAGCAUUCCCAAGGUCACCCACAUCAUGGAUCUUGGUGAUGCUUCUUCAUUCCUAAAGAUGUCGAAAACGUCUGUUCUAUCAUGCACGGCUUCUCAGCUGAACGUCUACAAUCCUCAGUUUCGAUCUAUCCAAAGCUCAACAUCCAUCGAUCUUGAGGGGCAAACGCAGAGUUCCCACGACUUAAGUGGCGCGGACAGCUGUGAACUGGUUGCAUACUUUUCGAAACUGGAGCUGGCCAUUGGCAUCACCAACGGCCACAUGGUGGCUAUUCAGCUCGAAGCACCCAAAACUCGAACCAAGAAGCGGCGGGCAGAGGGUCUUUUGAUUGACUCAAUUGGACGCGGUGUGCAACAGCCAAUUAGGACAGACACAAGCACUACCGCGAACGUCUCCACCAAUUCCGCCUUUUCAAAUUAUUUGCCUGGCUCGGUCAGGGGUGAUUACUGGGAGACGUGGACACAAGGUCUGGAAAAGGCAGAUGCACUACUUGAGUCUGAUCAGCUUGAAGAAUUUGAGGCAUUACUCGCUGAGAAGGUCGGACUGCGAAUCAGCAAGAAAAAACUGACGAGUCGUGUCAUGGAGGACGGCGAAGAGGCCCAGCCACUCCCUGAAUGGAAAUGGCCCAAGUCUAGGUCUGAGUACCCUCGAGUCGACCGAAGGUGGAUCCUCUAUGGCAUCAGCAAGGCGUUUCGAUGGCACCGCGAACAUGGUGACGACGCAAAACCACCCCGUCUUAUAUGCUCGCUACCCUACACCAACAUCGUCACCUAUCUAGUGGAUGCGGGACAUCUGACGGUGUCAAAUCUGAAAUCUGCGUUGCGAGAUCAAUUGCGUGACGUUGAUAACGUGGACUCAGUCCUUGCUCGACUGUUGAUUUCGCGACUAGCUGAACUUGACCCUACGCUGGAGCUUUUGACCUGCUACAUCUCCGCGACGACACUUGGGUCCACAGAGUUGCUCUUGGCCGUUCGUGCUAUUAUGCAAAGUCUCGAGCUCAUCCAAGAUCCCAAGCAAAGCCCGCCAAAGCUGCUCACAAACGUAUCUUCAGAGGAAGCAGAGACAGAAAAUGCAGAGUUUGGAAUGGAACUCGACAAUCUCGAGGAGGAGAUCCAAAAAACGGAAUCCUACCUCAACGGAAACACCGGUAUCCGUGGCACUGGGUUGAGUGUGGCAUUUGCCAAAUUAGCCAAUUGCCCCGCCGUCUCCACGAUUAAGGCACUACGUUCUACGUUCAAGCCCGAAGAAAUCCUGUCACUUGUGUAUCUAUUGCGAGUCGAGCUAGUCAAGGGCGCUUGGACGUCACGGUACCUGGACAACACGGAAUUCGAAGAAGAUGCCGAACUUGACGCCCCGCCAGAUGGCAUCAUCACACUGAUAUCUGAUCUGCUGGGCCGCUGCAUCGAUGCUAUUGGUCCCGGCGGCUGGCUGCUCAACGACGCGCUCCUAGGAAGCAACAACAUUGACGACUCGGGCGACUUCGUGGCGUCGCUGAAGCUUGAGGUCAGCGCUGCUCUGGAAGGGCUUCAAGAAGCAGUAUAUCUGCGUGGUAUCGUUGGGGAAGCCGUCAAGUACUGCGAGGCUGCCCAGAAGGCCGAGGCCCAGGCCAACGCCAUGCUUGACGUCACCAAGCCCAUGCCGUUGUACGUACGUGAGCCGGGCGCUGAGGCGCUGCCGCUUGGCUUGAAGACCAAGACGGUCAUUGAGAAAACGAAGGUCGUUUCUGGAGGUGAGGUCGUGCGGAGAACAGCACGGGAGACAGGACAUUUGAGAAGUCAGCAGGUUGGUCCAUAUUCGCUUGAGCGAAUUGCUAUCUAGAAAGACCCAGCAUUAAGAUGUAUGUGUCAUGGUUUUUGAAACCAUUGUUUGAUGUACGCCUCAAGAAGGACUUUUGAUAAGUUGUAAGGGUUGAUAAGCAGUGAAAAGUGUGUCGUGACUAGGCAAGUAGUCUGACGAACCAAUGGAGAUAGAUACUCGGCAAGAUAAUACUUGAGCCGCAUGAAAAGCGCCAUUGUGGGCGGUAAUCAGCCUUUAGUGUCAGCCGCUUGAGUCACCCAUAUCCAGGUUUUUAAGUACUGGGCCAAGCUACAGUUCAGCUCUUGCACUUCAUGAAGGCAGGCUCUGCCAAGCGCU